AAAUGUUUUUAUUUUAUUUUAAGAAUAUAACUAGUUAAAUUUUUUUAAUACAAAUAAAAUAUUAAACACAAAUAUCAAUAACAGUUAAACAAAGAAGCAGUUUAACACCAUGUUUAGUAAAAAUACUUUUGAUAACCUCCGUCUCAUGCAGCGGAUCCAAUCAGCUCAAGUGGAACUCAGUUCAGGAUGGAAAAAUCUAACAGAAAAAGCAAAGAAAGAAGUAAAGGUUGCAAACAAAAUUGCCAGAAAAGUAUUGGCUACAGAAGAUGGAGGAGAGUUAAGGGAGGAGUAUAUUUUAAAAGUAAAGUUGGAUUCAGGUUAUCAGCUAUUUAAAAAAUUUCAUAAUGAGUGGGUUUGUAUUCAUGAAGAAUCUGUAAAAAAUGUUAAAUUGUCUGAGAAAGUUGAUGAACAAGUUGUUCGAUUUAACAAAGAGUGGGAAAAGUGGAACACUUAUCUUAUAGAAUUUCAAAACAAUCUUCAAGCUUUGCCAGAAUUUUUAGCAAAAGUCGAAAUCGCUCAAAAUAAAAUUAGUGCAAUUGGUGAAUUAAUAGAGAAAAUUGAAACUCUUCUUGUUGAGUACGAAGAUGCAAUAGAAAGGCAUGAUUUAGAAAAACAGAAGUUAGAAGUUAAAGUCAAACUAAGUGAACUAGUUGCUACUAAGCAUGCUGAGUUUGCACUAAAAAAGUCCAUGUAUGAAAAUCAACAUGAAACAACAAAUAGUUUCCGUAAAGUUGUUGAAUCAAAAGAAGGAAAGGAAGCUAUUGAUCGUCAACAGUCGGAAGAAAAGCAGAAGGCAUAUGGAGAUGUUUUUCUUGAACAAAUGAGUCGUUACAUUCAAUAUGGUGAAAUCGAAAAACCAAUUGCAAGUUUUGUUCAAACUGCGGAGACAACUCUAGAUGAUAUUCAAAUUAAUGAAUCAGAUCUUUCAACAUUACGAGAAUUUUUGGGACCUGAGGAAAUCGACUCAGUUAUUCAAGCACAAGCAUCUCAAAAUCGCAAAGCUAAAGAAGUAGCCGACCUCAGCACAAUUUCUCUAAACUCCUUUGAUUUGCAUUUACAAGAAGUUGACACUACUACUGAGAUUACAUUAAUUGAAAAUCCAAAUGGCAAGGCUAAUGUCAUUCUUUCCAAAGGUUUUACUGGAAAUGAGCAUGAUCAAGAUGUAUCUGUACAUAACAAAAAAGAAGCAUCAUUUGAACAACCAAUUUUGAUUGAAGGAGAUUUCCAACAAAAUUGUAGCAAUAUUCAAAUAAGAAACUGUAAUGAUGUCUAUUCAUAUAAUGACAUUAAAGAUGUCAACACAACUUUAUUGACUAAUUUACAACAAUCUGCUAAUUCUAACGAAGAACAGUUUAAUGACUCAAAAUAGAUUUAUAUUGCAUAAUUUAUUUUGCAUAGUAAUAAUUUGCAUAGUUUGUUUACUGACAAUAAAGUAUAAAUGAUUUGUA